AAUCGAAGCCUUUCAAAUUUUUCACAUUCAAUAUGAACUAGACCAGCCCUAAUUCGUCACAAAAGGCGGGAAAAGCAAAAUUAAAAUUAAAUUUGAGGUGUUGCUUAGGACUGUGAUUGCAAUGGAGAAGAUUCACGUCAGCGUCCGUGCAAAGCCUCUCUCUCAAGAUGAUGCGAAAACAAGUCUCUGGAGAAUCUCCGGCAACUCCAUCGCCAUUCCCAACCUCUCCAAAUUUGAUUUUGACCAAAUAUUCAGCGGUAGUUGUGCGACCGCGGAAGUCUACGAAGCUCGCACCAAGGAUAUUGUGGAGGCCGCAGUUCGGGGAUUCAACGGCACUGUCUUCGCUUACGGGCAAACGAACAGUGGGAAGACUUACACGAUGCGAGGCUCGAAAGCUGAACCUGGAGUCAUUCCUCUCUCUGUUAACGAUUUGUUUCGAAUCAUUCAACAAGACGUGGAUCGAGAAUUUCUUCUUAGAAUGUCAUACAUGGAGAUUUACAAUGAAGAGAUAAAUGAUUUAUUGGCCCCUGAACAUCGAAAACUGCAGAUUCAUGAAAAUCUAGAGCGUGGGAUAUAUGUUGCGGGGUUGCGAGAAGAAAUUGUUGCCUCUCCUCAGCAAGUCCUUAAUCUCAUGGAGUUUGGAGAAUCUCAUAGACAUAUUGGAGAGACAAAUAUGAAUGUGUACAGUAGUAGGUCCCAUACUAUUUUCCGCAUGAUAAUUGAGAGUAGGGAUAGAAGCAAAGAUGAAGAAAGUGGCAGCUCUUGUGAUGCUGUCCGUGUAUCAGUGUUGAAUUUAGUGGAUCUUGCUGGGUCAGAGCGUGCUGCAAAAACUGGUGCUGAAGGUGUUCGACUAAAAGAAGGCUCUCACAUAAACAAAAGCUUGAUGACUUUGGGAACCGUGAUUAAAAAGUUGAGUGAAGGUGCUGAAAGUCAAGGGGGUCAUGUUCCAUAUCGAGAUAGUAAGCUGACUCGAAUUUUGCAACCUUCUCUAGGAGGAAAUGCUAAAACGGCUAUAAUAUGUAAUAUCACGCUUGCGCAGAUACAUACAGAUGAAACUAAAAGCAGCCUUCAAUUCGCAAGUAGAGCAUUGCGUGUCACAAAUUGUGCUCAAGUGAAUGAGAUUUUGACCGAUGCUGCUUUAUUAAAGCGCCAAAAGAAAGAGAUUGAAGAUCUUCGCUCCAAAUUGAUGGGUUCUCAUUCAGAGCAUUUGGAAAAGGAGAUUCUGAGCCUUCGAAAUACUUUAUUACAGACUGAACUGGAAAGGGAACGCAUAGCUUUGGAACUAGAGGAGGAAAAGAAAGCUCAAGCUGAAUGGGAAAAAAGAGUAAAGGAACAAGCCAAGAAAAUUGAAAAUUUGAGUUCAAUGGUUCUAUUUUCAAAUAGGGAUGAAAGUCGUGAGCAUAUUAAAAGGGACAAGAGGCGGGAUACAUGGUGUAUAGGAAAACUUUCACAGGAGCAUCCAGGAAAUGUAUACCCUAUCAUCCAACCUAGUGCUUCUACGGUUAAACCUGUGAGACCAAAUCGAGACAUGGGACCACUUCUUCCUUUUGAGGAACUUGUAAAUGAAGAUGUUUAUGUGGAUGAGCCCUUUAAGCAAAAGGACAAUAAUAAAGAUGAUGCUAACAAGGAUUGUAAUCUCCCAAACCCUUGUGCUUUAUUGCAUGUAACAAACAGGAAAAAGGCACCACGGAAGAAAAGCUUGCCAAUGCAGGAGGACAACAAAUUUCUAGAAUUGCAAGCAGAAUAUGAGAGUUUGUUUCUAAAAUUUGAAACUGAGAGAACUAUAAGUGAUAUACAGCUUGAAUCAUUGAGAAAACAGCUAAUUGAUUCAAAUUCUUUCCAUUCUAAGGAAUCUGUUGAGUCUGUAAAUUAUGCCCAUAAUGGUUGCUUGAUUGUUGAGAAAAAUGCGAAUUUUAGAGAAUCAGAUGCUAUUCUUGUUAUCAAGAGACUUCAAGAGCAGAUUAAGGUUUUGGAAAUGGAAAACUUAUCAAGCCAACAAAGCUUGGAUAAUGUUGUUGAUCUGGUUGCAGAGCAGAAUAUAUGUGGUAGGGAGAAAUGCAAAGAGCUCUAUGAAGAGCUUAUAAAUGCACAACAGGCAGCUCGAUUGGCUAAUGAGCAACUUACUUCCACUGAAACUGUGAGCAACAUUAAUGAUGGAAAUUUUGACUUUCCAAUCAGUGUUUCCGUGGAAAUUGAAGAAAUUGCAUCUGAAAUUCAAAACUCAAAAGAUGUUGUUCAAAGUGCUAUGUUUAUGGUGGAUGAUGCUAUUAAAAGUUUCUCUGCUCUCUGUGAUACUCUCCUUGUUUUCAAAACCUCAGUAUAUGAGGAUUCUGCAGAUCAAAUUUUAAUCUUGAAUAAUUCUCAGAAUUUGAUUUCUUGCCUAAGAAAGAAAAUGUUUGAUCUUGAAAGUGAGAAGGUUCUUCUAGACAACCAAGUAGUUGAUCUACAGAAGCAUCUUCAGGAAUCAAAACUAGAUGCUCAGAAGUCCCAAAAUUCUUUGAUGGAUAACUUAGAACAACAGAAAUUUGAAAAUGCAGAGUUGAUUUCUUAUAUUCAAACUCUUGAAAAGGAUUUAUCUUGUUUGACAUCAUCUACAGUGGCCAAGGAUAGAGAAACUACAAGAAAAGAGCUGGAGAAGGUUAAAACCAAGUUAAAAGAAAUUGAGUCUAAACUUAAGAUUGCGAUACAAGAGAAAACAAAAAUUGAGGGUGAGAAAGCCUAUGCGGAGCGAGAGAUUAAACAAUUGCGUGGCCAAAUCUCUCUUCUUGAACGUGAUAUCAAUAAACGUGAUUCACUUGCGGGAAGAAGACGUGAUUCAAUUGUUGAAAGGGGUUCUAAGAUAUUUGAUCCUAAAAGACCAAAGGGCCUAGAACAGACAUUACAGGAUGAGCACAAAAAACUGGAAGUUUUGGCAUUUGAAUCAGAAACAAGAAUUGCUUCGUUAGAAGAAGAAAUAACAGCUACGUUGAAGGAGAAAGAAGAGGUGAUAUCUAUUAAUGAAGGUUUGUUGUUAGAACUGGAAGGCUUGACUGAAAAGCUGAACACAUCAACCACUGAACUAUAUCAUUUGAAGGAGGAAAUUUAUGCUCUUAAGCAAAGAUUGGAAGAAUCUGAUAUCAACCAAGAAAAUUUGAAAAGCUCUAUCAAAGUACUAAUGGAAGAAAAGGAAGAGUUGGCUAUGCAACUCACUGAUUCACUUUUGGAAAUAGAGGAGGAAAGGGCAAUAUGGUCUGCCAAAGAGAAAGCAGCACUUCUAGCUAUAGAAGAACACACAAAGUCAAACAAUGUACAAAUUACAUCAUUAUCAACAAAAUUAUUAGAAGUAGGGAAUGAAUUGGAAUCUUGUAAAGAAGAAUGGAGAACCCUACGUGAAAGAUCGACUACUACAUAUGAACAUUCACAUACCAAGGAAAAUUUCGGGGAAAAGGUUUCAGAGAGGGAUCAACUGGAAAAGCACAUUGAAACAACCAAUGCUGAAAGCAAACAAUCUCUAGAACUAGAAAUGUCAAAAGCCACUUCAGAGGUACAACCUUUGGAGAAUGAGCCGCAUGACUGUCCCAUGGAAGAGAAAGAAAAUGAAACUCCGAAGGAACUGGAUGUUCUUGAUAAAGGAGAUACUCUAUCCAACCCGAACGUGCUUCAGAAUCUCGAGACCAAACUAUAUUAUUUGACAACAGAAAAAGAUAUACUGACGAUUGAGAUGGAAGAUCAACAGAAACAAAUGGAAUUUCUGCGAAAGAAUUUCCAGGAUGAGUUAUCGAAGGGAAAGGUCCAGGUUGAAGAACUAAAACAGAAACUUUCUUGUAUGGAAGUCAAAAUGCAUGCGGAAACAAAAUAAUAUCAGAAUCCCUUGUUGACAUCUUCCUCAAUAUGAUGUCACUGAUCAAGAAACUGAUGUUGAGGUACAACCUUGGAAAAGAUGUCUGCAAGCUAAAGUUGGGAUGUGACAUGAAGAAGAGAAAUGACAUGGGCAUCCAAUACUUCUCGAGUACAAUGACAAUCCACCACUAUGUUUUUGUGCCAUCAUGCAAAACCAGAUUAGCAUCAAAUUGGAUGGACUAGUGUUGUCAUCAUAAAGAGGUGUGGCAGCUUUUCAGGGAAACCUAGCUCAACCAAGAGUCCACGGAGCCAAAUGAUACUCUUAUUGGGUGGAGGACUUCGAUACACAAUUUCUUUUUACUCUUCAAAGAGAUCGGUGCAGAACCAAGAAACAUGCAUCGACCAGUAAUAGAUCUUUGUGUACCAGGGUUGCCAGUCCAAUCUGCAUCACUUUAGUCAACCAAACUAAUAAGCUUCCCAAUAGAAAAUAAUAGGCCAUCAGCACCUUUUUGAUUCAUGAAUGAUGCGUCAAAUGGUGGCCAUAUGAAGAUGGUGAGAGGAAUGCUUAAAUUGGCUCAUCUGUUGGGCUUCAAACGGAGUAUGAGGAAUGAAAUCAUUGGAUAGUUAAGACAACCAACCAACCGACAAUAUAAUAAAGGGUUUGACAAAGGAUCUCCCUCAUCUUGAUGAAAUUCGACAUUAACCUCAAGAGGAGUGUCGAGUAGAGUGGUUAAAGUAAAUAUUUUUGUACCAUGUCAAAUAGAUACAUAAGUCGCACUCUAAAAAUUAAGACAGAUGAUAUGGAACUUCCCAGCAUCUCCCCUCCCUCCAUAUCUGUCUGUCAAACCAAGCAAGUCGACAAUUUCUAAGAUGAGUCCUAGAUUCUAAUACCAUGUUAAAAUUUCUCUCUUUGAUGAUUUUAUUGAUUCUAGUAUUUAAUAAUACAUACCCAUUAAGUCGACAACUCUCUCUAUAAAUAAUACAUACCCAUUAUAGUAUUUAAGACAAUAAUUCUAUUUAACUUAUUUAAUCAAAAUCAGGAAAGCAAAUAGUCUGCAGUGAAUAAGUAGAUAUUUUAUUCUUAUUAUAUACAGCGUAUAUCUGGAAAAAAGAAAUAAUAUAAUCCCUUGUUGACAUUGUCAAGCGAAUACCUCUAGGAAUAA